CGGAGAGCCGCUCUGUUCCAGGCCCCCCGACGGAGAAUGGCCACCUCCCGCUACGAGCCGGUGGCCGAGAUUGGUGUCGGUGCCUACGGGACAGUGUACAAGGCCCGCGAUCCUCACAGUGGCCACUUCGUGGCCCUCAAGAGCGUGAGAGUCCCCAACGGGGACGGUGGCGGAGGGGGCCUUCCCAUCAGCACCGUGCGGGAGGUUGCGCUGCUGAGGCGGCUGGAGGCCUUUGAGCACCCUAACGUUGUCCGGCUGAUGGACGUCUGUGCCACCGCCCGGACCGACCGAGAGACCAAAGUGACCUUGGUGUUUGAACAUGUGGACCAGGACCUGAGGACGUAUCUGGACAAGGCUCCCCCGCCCGGCUUGCCCGUGGAGACCAUUAAGGAUCUGAUGUGCCAGUUCCUAAGAGGCCUCGAUUUCCUUCACGCCAACUGCAUCGUUCACCGGGACCUGAAGCCAGAGAACAUUCUGGUGACAAGCAGUGGGACAGUGAAGCUGGCUGACUUUGGCCUAGCAAGAAUCUACAGCUACCAGAUGGCACUUACGCCAGUGGUCGUCACACUCUGGUACCGGGCGCCCGAGGUCCUCCUGCAGUCUACAUACGCGACACCUGUGGACAUGUGGAGCGUUGGCUGUAUCUUUGCAGAGAUGUUUCGCCGAAAGCCUCUCUUCUGUGGAAACUCUGAAGCUGACCAGUUGGGCAGGAUCUUUGACCUGAUUGGGCUGCCGCCAGACGAAGACUGGCCCCGAGACGUGUCUCUUCCCCGAGGAGCCUUCCCCCCCCGGGGGCCCCGCCCUGUACAGUCCGAGGUGCCUGAGCUGGAGGAGGCCGGAGCGCAGCUGCUGCUGGAGAUGCUGACUUUCAACCCCCACAAGCGGAUCUCUGCCUUCCGGGCCCUGCAGCACUGUUACCUACGGAAAGAAGGUGACCCGGAGUGAGCAGGGGCGUGGCCGCGCUGGACCCGGGAAGCCGUCCUCCUAGUGAACACCGGGUGGAGACCCCGAGGCAUCUCCGCUCUGACCUCUCAGGCUGUGGAGACUGACCCCAAGUUUUCCCAGAGAAUACUCUGCUGCCUUAAUGACAUUCCCCUCCCAUCCUCCUGGGGUCACGCGUCUCCCUGUUUCCUCACCCCAAGGGGUGUGCUCCUUGUCCCCCCCUUCUGCACCUUGAUAUUGGGCUCCUUUUUUUAUACAGGAAAAACAACAAAAAUAAGGUCAAUUUUUUAAAAAAUGGUUCCUCUGAUUGAUCUUGCCACUGGGAUUCGGAAAAGCCCUUUACG